CGCGCGGACUCGGAGAAGCUGGUGACGUCCGUGCGUUCGGGAGAGUGUUUUUAACAUGUGCACUUUGUUGUUGGCCGCCGCCAUCGAUUCAAAAACGGCCGCAUGAACCGAUGGACUUGCCACAGGAAAUAUAAGACAGACCGUAGAUUGUUGAAGCCUCCUGGCUGUCCCUUCUACGACUCGCCAAGAUGGGCGUUGGUUUCUUGUGAUGCGGGAAAGCUGAUUCGUGCUUCAGUCCACGCCCAUCUCACGCCCACGACAACAGCUCACCCGCGAUACCCUCCUCCUCAGUGGUUGUGGUGAGCGGCUGGGGGUCGGGCCCAUGUGAGGCGUGCGGGGGGCAGAGGGGUGGAGGCGGGGCGGGGGGCUGCAACUGCUGCCAGGGGGGCCGCCGUGCCCCUUCUUCCUCCUCAGGGGACGCCCCGCCGCCCCUCAACGGCCAUCUGCCGCCGCCCCCGUCCUCCCAGCUGGUCAAAGUGGUUGUGCUGGGGGCAGCUGCCGUGGGCAAGACUGCCAUUACUAAGCAAUUCGUACACAACGAGUUUCCAACGUGCCACGAGCCAACGUCGGGUCGGGUCAACUACUGGCCUUCUGUCAUGGUUAACGACCGGGUCUAUCAGCUCUGUCUCGCCGAUCUGCCCCCCAUCAGAGCUUUCCCCCAAAACUCCUACUCCGAAUGGUCCGACUACCGCUUCUACGGCCUCCGCUCUGCGAUGGCCUACAUGUUCGUCUUCGAUCUCACGUCCUACGAUUCCUUCACUCACAUCAAGGCCCUGCGAGACCAGAUGUACGAGUCCCGCGACAUGCGCGAGGUGGGCGUGGUGGUGGUGGGCAACAAGCGCGACCUGCUGGACUCCUCGGACGCUCGGGACAAGCGCGAGAUGCGGGAGGUGGCCGGCAUGGUUCGCAAGCAGUGGAAGGCCUCGUAUGUGGAAGUGUCUGCCAAGUGUAACUGGCAUGUGGUGGCCGCUUUCAGAGAACUGCUCCUGGCGGUGGAGGACGCUCAGGCCCACACGCACGCCCGCCCGCACAACCUGCACGAACUCCACGAGGCGAUCGAGCACUCGAAAUGUACUAUAUUGUGAGAUAAGGCGGUGUGCCGUAGGUGCCCAUUUGGUUUUAUUAGCAAGCUGAACGAAAUUACUCAAACUGUACAUUGUAAGUUAAUCUCCGUAACAAAAACAAACAAAC